CCUAAACAAAAGAAGGAAAACCCCAUCACGGCCGCUGUCAAUUCAUGGCUCCAAGAUCACAUUCAUUCCAUUUCCCUUCCCACACUACUUUCAACACUUGACAACAUCCAGGAUGAAGGCCAACUGAAAGCCCUCCUCCUCGACAAAGCGCCCAAGCGGUGGGUGAUCUACGAGCCCAUGGUCCUUCUCCCCAGCGGUAGUUUCACCACCACUCCCUGGCCUCAACUUCUUGACUGCCUUUCUUCCAACGUCAAAUCCAGUUUGUGGACCCGCAUCUUGUCAAACAUCACCAGAGAUGGAGCGUCAAAGGUGGAAUUGAGCAGGUUGGCUGUUAAUGAAGGGAUCCCUUUACAUAUUGCCGACGGCGCUGAGAAGAAUGCAAGAGAAGAGGAAGAAGAGAACUUGUUACGAUCUCCCAGCGGCCUCAAGUUACUCCACGGCGACUUUGGUCCCGCCUUAUCACCAUCCACCGCACCAACGCCGCAAGAUUUCGACCAAGCAUUCUGGGUGUCGACCAAGCAGAAUGGGAUCACGCAAAUUUGGGCGCCGCGGUAUACCAUGUUUUCGCGGGGGAAUGUGAAGGAGAAGGCUAGAUUGUUGGAUUUCCACCGCCAUCGACGAAAAGCACCAGGGGACUUGAAGGGCAAAUACGCCCUAGAUUUAUACGCAGGCAUAGGCUACUUUGUCUUCUCGUACGCCAAGCUAGGGAUGCGCGUGCUCUGCUGGGAGAUCAACCCGUGGAGCGUGGAGGGGCUGCGGAGGGGCGCGGUGGCGAAUAAGUGGAGUGUUAAAGUGUUUCAGGGGGAAGAAGACCUGACAAAGAAGACCACGGCGGAGCUGCUACAGGAGGCAGAUGCAGAGGGGGUACAGAUUGUGGUGUUUUUGGAGGGGAAUGAGAGUGCAGGCCGGAGAGUAAGGGAGUUGAGGGAGAAGGGAGGAAGGGAGUUGAAUGUGGUGCAUGUUAAUGGAGGGUUUUUGCCUACCAGUGCGAAGAGCUGGAGGGAUUCGUGGCAGGCGGUGGUGGGGAAAGGGGUAGGGGAUGGAUGGUUGCAUUUACAUGAGAAUGUUCAUGUGAAAGAUAUCGAGUCGCGGAGGGGGGAGAUUCAGGAAUUGAUGACCCGCUGGAACGAAGAGCUGGAUAGCAGUGAUGGGACAACAACAGAGACAAAGGCGGUGGUGGAGCAUGUAGAGCUCGUCAAGACGUUUGCGCCAGAUGUGUGGCAUUGUGUCUUUGAUGUAUACAUU